AAGCCACCACUCGGGUGGCUUUGAAUGUUUAAUUGCGACCGGGGCACGGACGGGGGUGUCGGAAAGAGUCGGUAGUCACAGCCUCUGAAAUGUCCUGACUGCCGGUGAGGAACCCCUGGAAGGGCAAGAACUCCCAUGUUCAGGAAAUAAGUGAUUCACUAUCAUUUUUUUGUUAAUGCAGUUAUUAACCUUUUCUAUAGCACAGCAGCUAUUUUAUUCGAGUUCCCCUCAAAAGCAAGGGAUUUGAUAGCCUUGUUCUCUGACACACCUUCUAAAGUUAUAAGGAUCCAGGCAUCCCUCUUCCCUUCUGAAAUCGUCAUCUAUCUCAACUCCAGCACUGCCAGUGAUAACAACUCAGCAUAUUCUUAAUUUAUGUUCAGCUGCUGGUACUUAGAAAGAAGCUGGAAAUACCACUUCUGUCAGACGUCUGCCUUGGCAGUAAACUGAGGACUGUAAAUUCUGUUUUGCUUUUGUCUUUAUCUCUCUUAAACAGGUUGCAUUAAAGUCAGAUUUUGCUGCUGUGAAUAGAUCUUGUUAACAUGAAAUUCCCUGAAAUUGUCUGCAUCCAGGAGUGCUAUGGAGCAAUUUUCACCAUGUAGGAGGAAUUGUUGCAUGUAUCUGGUAGUGCCAGGCAGUAUUUCAUUGACACAAAACCUACAAUGAGUGUAGUAGCAACACCCUCUCGCGGAAUCUCUGACUGCAAAUGGAACAGAAAUGCUGGAGCACACAAUAAAAUCCAUAUGAGAGCCGUGGUGACAGGAGGUGGUGGCUAUUGUGGAUACAAGCUGGGAUGUGCUCUUGCCAACAUAGGAGCUUCUGUUGUUCUGUGUGACAUACACAAGCCUAUGUGGCUGAUUCCCAAUGGAGUGACGUGGAUCCAGACAGAUAUCAGGGAUUACAAUGCCAUACUUGCAGCCUGUGAAGGGGCCGACUGUGUGUUUCAUGUAGCUUCAUAUGGAAUGUCAGGAACAGAGCAAUUGCAUAAAGAAGAGAUUGAAUCUGUAAACAUUAACGGGACAAGAUUCAUCCUUAAUGCCUGCAAACAACAAAACAUCCCUCGGCUGAUCUACACCAGCUCAGUGAAUGUGGUGUUUGGAGGGCUUCCUAUUGAAGACGGGGAUGAGGAAUCUUUGCAAUAUUUCCCAAUUGACAAGCUCGUUGACCAUUAUUCCAGAACCAAAUCAAUUGCAGAACAAAUGAUACUAGCAGCUAAUGGAUCUCCACUAGCAGGAGGUGGAAUACUCCAUACGUGUGUUCUUCGCCCACCAGGAAUCUAUGGACCAGAAGAGCAGAGACACUUGCCAAGGCUAGCAAAGAUUAUUGAGAGAAGGCUACUUAGCUUCAAGUUUGGGGACCCUACUGUUAAAAUGAACUGGAUACAUGUUGAGAAUUUUGUACAAGCUCAUAUUCUGGCUGCUGAAGCUCUCACCCCUGAAAAGAGCUACAUAGCUAGUGGCCAGGUGUAUUUCAUUCAUGAUGGCGAAAAAUCCAACCUUUUUGAAUGGUUAACUCCACUUUUUGAAAGAUUAGGUUGCAGUAAGCCAUGGAUACGUAUUCCUACUUCCUUCGUUUAUGCAUCAGCCACAUUCAUGGAACACCUUCAUUCGAUUCUGAGACCAUUUGUUGACCUGCCCCCACUGCUGACCAGAAAUGAGGUACAGAACAUUUCUGUAACUCACACAUUUCGAAUAGACAAGGCACGGACUCAGCUGGGGUACCACCCACUGAAGUAUGACUUCGCUGAUUCUGUGGACCACUACAUUAAAUCCAGACCACAACCCUCGAAUUAUUACCUCUUCCUCAAUAUUUUGCUUACUUUAAUUGUUACUUUAGUUUUGUUUUUUCUUUCUUUAAGACUUGAUAGCCUUUCAGUUUUGCAUUUUUUUAAAGAAAGACGACACGGACCUGCAUAAACUGCACAGUCACAGUACUGCCACUCGGAUAAUUCUAACCUCCACAAUAGUUACUGGCAGCUACUUUUAAAUUUACAAACAAAAUCAUAACAGAUCAGUGGCUGGACCUGAGAAAUUAAAAUACAGUAAAGAAUAAUUGCCAAAUCACCGAAACACAACUAGAGUCAAGAUUGUUGCGUCUAUUUCAACCCAAAACUUUCCAAAUUGAUUGCUGAAGUAAAUGAGAACCUGCAGAAAGAACAAGAGCUGCAGACAGCCUGCAGUGCUUCACCAGUGAAGAAAAAUGGCUGAAAUGAGGAGAAAGACUGACCACAGCUUCUGUCAUGACUCACUACCUUGGGGAACAGAGGAACAAGCAAAGGGACAGACAGAACAGAUUACUGCAAAUAACACACACCAGGCCUACAGAGACUUCACAUUGUGUGAUUUUGUGAAUUAGCUCUAUCACCGCAUCUGAGGGAAAAUAAAAGUGUACUUGAAACAUU